GGGUGGACCUCAGUUCUUCUAGAGGUGCCGGAAAAUAGUUUUUUACAUUUUAAAUGUUCAAAAUUCAAAUUGAAUGAAGUAAAUGUAUGUGCCUUGAUUUUGUCUGUUUUUGUUAUUGUCUCGGUCUACGUUACACUUGCGUUGCUGUUUUAGAAUGCCAAGCAAUUAAUCCAACAAAUGAAUCCAAUUGAGACAACAUUUAUUUUGGAUCUGUGUGGACCCAGCAACUGCAUAUCUAGUUUAACUUUCCCCAUCCGCAAUCGAAACUAUUAGAAUACUUCAAGAUGAUGCUUAUUUUUAAGUUAAGCCUCCAUUUGUUUAGCAUUUGUUUCUGAUUUUGGCAGAUCUUUAUGAAAGAAGACCGAAAACAUGACUGCUCCAGAACCAUGUGGAAUAAAACAGGAAGAUACUGAACAACAAAUAGACCUGGUAGAGAACAGGGAGAGUGAAGAGGGGGAGAACCAUCAUGUCAAAACUGAAGAAACCUCCUGGAAACAUCCUUCAUUCAAGCAAAAUUUGGAUAUUAACACGAAAAGUCAUCUUGAAGGGAAGCAAUAUGCUUGUGAUCCGUGUGAAAAGACUUUCCCAAUAAAACGUAACCUUACGAAACACAUAAAUUUCCACACUGGAGAGAAGCCACAUGCUUGUGAACAUUGUGGGAGGAGAUUCAGGCGAAAAGAAUACCUUAAUGCACACCUAAAAAUCCACACUGGAGAGAAGCCGUACACAUGUGGUCAGUGUAAGAAGAGUUUCAGACAAAAAUCUGCCCUUAAUGUACACAUGAGGAUCCACACUGGAGAAAAACCAUACACAUGUGAACAAUGUGGAAAGAGUUUCAGACUCAAGCAACCCCUUAACAAUCACAUGAGGAUCCACACUGGAGAGAAGUUAUAUACAUGUGAUCAGUGUAGGAAGAGUUUCAGACUUAAGCAAAGUCUUGACAGGCACAUUAUGAUCCAUACAGGAGAGAAGCCGCACACAUGUGUUCAGUGUGGAAAGAGUUUCACACGAAAAGAAAACUUUAAUGCACAUCUUAAAACCCACAGUGGAGAGAAGUUGUACACAUGUAAUCAUUGUGGAAGGAAUUUCAGUAAAUACUAUAGUUUUAAAUUACAUCUGCUUGUUCAUUCUAGUGAAGGACUAAAGAACUGUAACCAAAGCAGUAGAGAAUUUUUUAGGGCAGGUUUCCUGAAGGACCACCUGAAAGUUACAACAGACAAACCUCAUGUAUGUUAUUUAUGUGGAAAGAGUUUUAGUCAGAUGGUUGCACUAAAGAUACACCAGAAAAGACACAGUGGUGUAAAGGAUCAUUCUUGUUCUGAGUGUGAUAAGACAUUUUUUACAGAUGCUGAACUAAAAGUGCACCAGACAGUUCACUCUACAGAAACGCCUUACAAGUGUUCACACUGUGACAAGAGAUUCAAACGGUCAGGAUAUCUGCAAAUACAUGAGCGGAUCCACACUGGAGAGAAGCCGUAUACAUGUGAUCAGUGUGGGACAAGCUUCAGACUAAAAGAACUGCUUAAUGAACACAUGUACAUCCACACUGGAGAGAAACCUCCCACAUGUGAACACUGUGGGAAGAACUUUAAGCAAAAAGCACACCUUGAUAGACACAUGAGACUCCACACUGGAGAGAAUCUACACACAUGUGAUCAGUGUGGGAAGGGUUUCUUAGAGAAAGGAAACCUUAAAGACCACAUGAAUAUCCACACCGGAGAGAGGCCGUACUCAUGUGAUGAAUGUGGGAAGAGUUACAAAAAUAAUGGAAACCUUUUAGUGCACAAGAAAAGCCACACUGGGAAGAAGCCACACACAUGUGCUCAGUGUGGGAAGAGUUUUGCAGAAAAGGCAAUCCUUAAUGAACACAUGAGGAUCCACACUGGAGAGAGGCCAUACACGUGUGAUCAGUGUGGGAAGAGUUUCACCCAAAGAGGAGCUCUUAUUACACACAAGAGAACCCACAGUGAAGAGAAACCAUAUAUCUGUGAUCAGUGUGGGAAGAGUUUUAAGCAAAAAGAAAGUCUUUGUGAUCACAUGAAAAUCCACACUGGAGAGAAACCAUACACAUGCGAUCAGUGUGGGAAGAGUUUUGUACGAAGAGUAAGCUUUUAUCUACACAAGAGAACCCACACUGGAGAAAAACCAUACUCCUGUGAUCAGUGUGGGAAGAGUUUCAGGCAAAAAAGAAGCCUUCACGAUCACAUGACAAUCCAUACUGGAGAGAAACCUAAUACCUGUGAUCAGUGUGGGAAAAGUUUCAAACGAAAAGAAAAACUUCAUGAUCACAUGAGGAUCCACACUGGAGAAAAACCAUACGUAUGUGAUCAGUGUGGGGAGAGCUUCAGACUAAAAGAAAUUCUUAAUCGACACAUGAGGAUCCACACUGGAGAGAGGCCUUACGCAUGUACACAAUGUCAUAGGAGUUUCAGACUAAAAGAAAUUCUUAAUCGACAUAUGAGGAUCCACACUGGAGAGAGGCCGUACACGUGUGAUCAGUGUGGGAAGAGUUUCACCCAAAGAGGAGCUCUUAUUACACACAAGAAAACCCACAGUGAAGAGAAACCGUAUAUCUGUGAUCAGUGUGGGAAGAGUUUUAAGCAAAAAGAAAGUCUUUGUGAUCACAUUAAUAUCCACACUGGAGAGAAACCAUACACAUGUGAUCAGUGCGGGAUGAGAUUUGUACGAAGAGUAAGCUUUUAUCAACACAAGAAAACCCACACUGGAGAGAAACCAUAUUCCUGUGAUCAGUGUGGGAAGAGUUUCAGAAGAAAAAGAAACCUUCAUGAUCACAAGACAGUCCACACUGGAGAGAAACCAUAUACCUGUGAUCAGUGUGGGAAGACUUUCAGAAGAAAAAGAAAUCUUCAUGUUCACAUGACAAUCCACACCGGAGAGAAACCAUAUUCCUGUGAUCAGUGUGGGGAGAGUUUCAGACAAAAAAGAAGCCUUCAUGAUCACAUGACAAUCCACACUGGAGAGAAACCAUAUACGUGUGAUCAGUGUGGGAGGAGUUUCAAACGGAAAGCUAAACUUCAUGAUCACAUGAGGAUCCACACCGGAGAGAAACCAUACACAUGUGAACAAUGUGGGAGGAGUUUCAGACUAAAAGAAAUGCUUAAUCGACACAUGAUUAUCCACACCAGAGAGACGCCUUACUCGUGUGAUCAAUGUGGGAAGAGUUUCAAGAAUUUAAGUUUUCUUAAAGUACAUCUGCAUACUCAUUCUAGAGAAAGACCGUCUAAUUCUAACCAGCGCAGUAGAAAAAAACUUAGGGAAUGUUUAAAUUAUCACCAGAAAAGACACAGCGGUGUGAAGGAUCAUGCUUGCGCUCAGUGUGGGAAGACUUUUUUUACGUAUGGUGCAAUGAAAGUGCACCAAAUAGUUCACUCUACAGAAAGGCCUUACAAGUGUUCACACUGUGACCAGAGAUUCAAACGAUCAACACAUCUACAGAUACAUGAGAGGAUCCACCCUGGAGAGAAGCUCCAUCACUGCCAUUCAUGUGGGAAGAGUUUCACUCAGUUAUCUUCUCUAAUCUCUCAUAAAUUACAUGUCUGCGUGUCUAAAAUUACAGUAAGUAGUUCAAGUUCUGAUCCUGUUCUUCCAGGUGCGAGAUAGGGCUGCAUCAAGUUAUCAUUCUGAUAAUCGAAUAAUUAGAAAUUAUUAGAAUGAUUAAUCAAUCAAUUGUUGAUUAUUUAGCAGAUUAUUCCGUAUCUUUAUUGAUUUAUUUGGAUUUUGGAGAUGAAAAUAUUGUUAUACCCAUUCUAAUUAAUAAAUAAAACGAUGAAAUCA